AUGCCCACCUACGCCACGUACGGAAAGGAUGGAAGGCGGAUUCAGCAGCCCAACAGCGGCUUGUAUGGUCAAGUUCCCAAUCCCAAACGCAUCGACAUCGACAACCCACAUGAAGGCAAGCCGGAACCCACCGUCCUGAUCAUCGGCGCCGGCACUUUCGGCACUUCCACCGCAUAUCAUCUUGCCCAGCACUACAAAGACCCCUCUCGAGUGACCAUCAUCGACCAAGCGCCCUGCCCACCCAAACCCGCCGCUUCGAUCGACGUGAACCGUGUGAUCCGCACCGACUAUGCCAACAAGCUCUACUGUGAUCUCGCGUGCGAAACCAUCCAUCCAUGGUUCUGGUCGGAAGAACUCGGCCCGUAUUUCCACAAAGUAGGCUGGCUCAUGUACGAAGAAGAAGGGAGUAGUCUCAAAAGCCGAAUCAAAUCCACGUUUGAAAGUCGAGGAAGCACACAAUUCCAAGAUGUCACCCUCGAUCAGAUUCCGCAACAAUGGACAGCUUUACGAGGCACUUCUCAUCAAGGUUUCCAAGCUGCCUAUUUCAACCCCGAAGCAGGUUGGUGCGAUGCCGCAUCCGCCACGCAAGCGUUUAUGAAAAGUGCCGAACGAAGAGGGAUCCGACGCGAGACUGGAAAAGUCGUUUCACUGAUCCGGAAUGACGACUGCGGCACCAUCUCCGGAGCUCGAACUCUCGAUGGCCGUAUCUUUGAAGCGGAGAAAGUGGUCCUUGCCGCGGGACCGUGGACUUCACAGAUUCUAUCUCCCACUGAAGAGGAAUUGAACCUGCCCUACGAAUCGAGAAUUGAACGUCAAAUCCAAGCUACAGGUCUCGUGGCAGCUUACUAUCGUGUCUCUGAUGAAGAGGUCCAACAACUGAAUCAAUUCCAAACGCCCGUGGUAGUCUAUGGUGGUCUCGGAGAGAUUAUCCCACCUGACAACAGUAACAGCAACACUUCUUCGAACAAAUUGAUGAAAUACGCCAAUUCCCGAUCAGGAAUCAUCAAUACCGUACCCGUGAAUCCCUCUUCGCCUGCCGGCGCGAGAAUCUCCGUCCCUGCUGAUGAUCAAUACCACAUUCCGGAAUGCUUGAAACGAGAAACCAAAGCGAUGAUUAGCGACCGCGUCCUGCCGGACUUUGCUCGAGGGAAAGAACCGGACUAUUGGAGAAUUUGUUGGGAUGCACAGACACCUACGGAAGACUUUUUGAUUUGCAAACAUCCGGAGAAGAAAUUGGAAGGGCUGUAUAUUGCCACGGGGGGAAGUUUUCAUUCUUACAAAUUCCUCCCCAUAAUCGGAAAAUACAUCCUCAACACCCUCUACAACACCAGCAACGGCAGCGAAAAAGAUCUCGCAUGGGGUUGGAAAACUCCCACGUCCACUCCAACAUCAACGAAAACAACAACAACAACAGAAAAAGAGAUGAAAUGGGUAGACAUCCACGAAAGAGGUCUACUGAGUCAUAAACGAGUCCUAAAGACUGAAUUGCGAGAAUUAUUCGCAAGAGAUAAGAAGGGGAAUACUACUAGUUCACGACUGUAA